CGGCAUUACUCAUUCAUCCCCAUUCUGGCUUUCCCAGCGUUUAUUAAGGGCUCUGGGCUCCUGCCUCUCUCACUCUCACUCUCCUCUGCUCAAACUCAGCUCACUGGAGAGGCUCUCGCUUGGUCCCCGCCUGCCAGCGGUGGGAAGUCACGGAAGAACUUUGUCUCUCUCCAGCAAUGUAUCUCUCUGCGAUUCUAUUUUGUGUUCUCUGGUCUGCAGUGCGCGCCGAGAACUCCGAUGAUUAUGAGCUCAUGUAUGUGAACUUGGACAACGAAAUAGACAAUGGACUCCAUCCCACUGAGGACCCCACGCCGUGCGACUGCCGUUCGGAGCACUCCGAGUGGGACAAGCUCUUCAUCAUGCUGGAGGACUCGCAGAUGAGGGAGGGCAUGCUGCUGCAGGCCACCGACGACAUCCUGCGGGGCGAGUUGCGAAGGCUGCGGGAGGAGCUGGGCCGGCUGACCCACAGCCCGCAGAGGCCGUGCGCACCCGCGGCCCCCGCGGAAGCCAGGCUCGCCCGGGUGCUGGCUGAGCUGCUGCAGGAGAGCCGCGACGCGAGCCGCAGGCUGGCGCUCCUUGAGGGGGCUAAAGCGCAGCGCCCGGAGGAGGCGGGGCGCGCCCUGGGCGCCGUGCUCGAAGAGCUGCGGCAAACGAGAGCGGACCUCCGCGCCGUGCAAGGAUGGGCGGCCCGGCGCUGGCUGCCGGCAGGUUGUGAAACAGCAAUUUUAUUCCCAAUGCGUUCCAAGAAGAUUUUUGGAAGUGUGCAUCCGGCAACACCAAUGACGCUGGAGUCUUUUAGUGCCUGCAUUUGGGUCAAAGCCACAGAUGUGUUAAACAAAACCAUCCUGUUUUCCUAUGGCACCAAGAGGAAUCCAUAUGAGAUCCAGCUGUACCUCAGCUAUCAGACCAUAGUGCUCGCAGUGGGUGGAGAGGAGAACAAACUGGUGGCCGAUACUGUAAUUUCCCUGGGAAGGUGGACCCAUCUGUGUAGCACCUGGGAUUCAAAGAAAGGGCGCAUGUUCUUGUGGGUAAACGGUGAGCUGGUGGCUACCGCUGUCGGGAUAGCCACAGAUCACAUUGUUCCCGAAGGAGGAAUUCUGCAGAUUGGCCAAGAAAAGAAUGGCUGCUGUGUGAGUGGUGGCUUUGAUGAAACAUUAGCCUUUUCUGGAAGACUCACAGGCUUCAAUAUCUGGGAUCAUGUUCUCAGCAAUGAAGAGAUCAUAGAGGUGGGAGGGGCAGAGUCUUGUCACAUCCGGGGAAAUGUUGUUGGGUGGGGGGUCACAGAGAUUCAGCCGCACGGAGGAGCUCAGUACAUUUCAUAAGGAUUGUGAAACUCUACUUGAAGCCAAAGAAAGAAACUCACAUUUUAAACAUAUGCCAGUUGGAAAGGUCUAAAACCCUUAGUGCAUAUUAAGAACACUUGAGACUAAUGAAGGAGAGAAUUGAGAUCAAUAUUUAUCUUGGCAAAAUACUGAAUAAACAGUUGAGAGAAGACAUCAGAGAAGGCUUUUGAGGAUAUUGUUACUAGACUUUAUGCCAUGGUGCUUUCAGAUUAAUGCUGUGUCUUUGUCAGAUAAACUCUCAAAUAAUUCAAAAGGACUGUGUUGUUGAACAGAAGGAAAAUUGUUUUACUUUUCUUUGGUUAAUUUGGUUUUGGCCAGAGAUGACUUUUACAUUGGAAGGAUAAUAAAAUUACGUUUGUUGUCCAUUGUUCUUUGUUACUGGCAUGUACCUUAUUAUAAAAAAAUGAUGAUGAGACAUAUUUAUACUAGACUGUGACUUAACAAAUACAAAUGUAGUUUAUGUGUUACAAUUGCGUGUCACUUUUUUGAGAAGAUAGUUAUAUAAGUUAUAUUGUAAAAUGGUUUUGUAUUAAUUUUAUUAAGACUAUUUUUGUAAAGCUCUACUGUAAAUAAAAUAUUUUAUAAACCUA